AUGGUUCUUUCCACGCACCAACGGGCUGUCGUCGAUUCUAGCAGCCAUUCUCGCUCACCGACUGUCAUGUGGCGUCAGGCACGCAGCUCCCACGUAGAACAAUCCGCGUCAUUGCUGCAAGCGAUCGAGACCGGGUGCGAUGUGUGGUGCGAUUCAGUGUUAAAAUAAACAUCAGCCAAAAGUGUUGAGGAAAGCACAUUAAUUGCUUGUGGCCGUAAUCGAACUCUCGUUGUUCGGCUCAGCAAUGUUCUGCUGGUGCAGCUUCGUCUACGUCCUGUUCUUUCUGGGCUCGUUCUUGGCAAUCGGCCUGCUGACGGUGUGUUUGCUGCUGCGACAGCUCAUAAAAUUCCAACGCCGGAAGCGGACCGAUCCGUCCGUCAAGCAUGUAGCAUUCUUUCACCCGUACUGCAAUGCGGGCGGUGGCGGCGAACGGGUCCUGUGGUGCGCUAUCCGGGCGCUGCUGACCCGGUACGAAAACAUCAAACUGUUCGUCUACACCGGCGACACGGAUGCGAAGCCGGCCGACAUACUAGCCAAGGCGGAGCGUAGCUUCAACCUCAAGCUGGCGGCGGAUCGCAUCACCUUCGUGUACCUCCGCAAGCGCUGCUGGGUGGAAGCGUCCAAAUACCCGCACUUCACACUGCUCGGGCAAAGCUUGGGCUCGAUUGUGCUCGCGUUUGAGGCGCUGCUCAAGCUGCAGCCGGACGUGUUCAUCGACACGAUGGGGUACGCAUUCACGUAUCCCGUGUUUAGCUACUUCGGUGGGUGCAAGAUUGGCUGCUACACGCACUAUCCCACCAUCAGCACCGACAUGCUGCGGCGCGUCCAGUCGCAGACGCAAUCGUUCAACAAUCGAGGCUAUGUGGCGAAGAACCCGUUUGCCACGUGGCUGAAGAUCGUGUACUAUCGGCUGUUUUCGCGCAUUUACGGCUGGGUCGGGCGAUGCGCCGACACCGUGAUGGUGAACUCGUCCUGGACCGAGAACCACAUCAUCUCGCUGUGGGAUGUGCCGUACAAGACGCACCGCGUCUAUCCGCCGUGCGAGGUGUCGCAGCUGAAGCGGCUAGAAUCGCUGACGGACGAGCGGGAUGAGCAGAUCAUCAUCCUCUCCGUCGGCCAGUACCGGCCGGAGAAGGACCAUCCGCUGCAGCUGCAGGCAAUGUACGAGCUGCGCACGCUGCUCAACAACGACGAGGCGCUGUGGAACCGGCUGAAGCUGCUGAUCGUCGGCUCGUGCCGGGACGAGGAGGACCGGGUGCGGGUGAAAAACAUGCAGGAUCUGGCGAAGCAUCUGUCGCUGGAAAACGCGGUCGAGUUCCGGGUGAACGUGCCGUACCGGGAGCUGCUCGAGUGCUACCAGCGGGCCACGAUCGGGCUGCACUGCAUGUGGAACGAGCACUUCGGCAUCAGCGUGGUGGACUGUAUGGCGGCCGGGCUGAUCAUGGUCGCGAACCGCUCCGGCGGACCGCUGAUGGACAUUGUCGAAACGUCCGAGGGCAGCCAGAACGGCUACCUGGCGUUCGAUGCGUACGAUUAUGCGCGCUGCAUCGCCAACAUACUGUACAACACGCCGGAGUACAAUGCGCGCAUCCGGGAGGCGGCCCGCGCCUCGGUCGAACGGUUUUCCGAGAAGGAGUUCGAGAACGGAUUCCUCCGUGCGAUUUCACCAAUCAUGGAUUGAAGCUUCGCACAGCACCACCGUGUACCCCAAAGCUCAAGAACCUCUGUAUACACAACGAAGGACUUUCGGAGUUAGCUUUAAUUGCUCUGCUGCAUCGUUCCUUCAUCUACAUUGUAAAAAUGCUAGCAGCACCGAGAUCGGCCAGCGUACAUGUGGUGAGCGAAAGUAAUUUCUAUGUGCAAUCAAUUUUUGGCGACCGCACACAAUCUUGUUAUUAUUAUUUUUAAAUUUAUUUGAUUUAUAUUGUUCUUCAGCCGUGCAAAAUAUGUGAUAUGUUGUAUAUUUUGGAAGUACUGGUAUAAUUUCAGCGUUACAAUAUUCAGAUUAGUCCUUCGAAAUGUGAGCGAAAGCCUUGAGCUUAUAAAAUUUGAUAGUUUUUCUGGCUGCUCGAAAUAUGAUCGAUCUGGACACACGAAAUUAAGCUUAACAUUGAAGCUAUAUGGUCAGACCUUGAAGUAUUUUUGUGGAUUUUUGAAGGACAAGCCGAGUCCCUUCUGGCAGCAUUGGUUAACGAUUUUUCGAUAAAUACCUACCUGCAUUUUGAGCAGGGUAAGAUGUUCAAGCAGUUAUUACUGCAAUAACUUUCCUUCUUCCAUCAUUCUGUUCUCUCAGUUCUGUUCAAGGUUAUUUUUAACCUUUCGUUUCGUUUACAUUAUGCAGCCCUUUGCCUACCCGUGAAAACCAUGUACCCCGGGUACCUGGCGCCCCGCCCCUGGUGUCUUCCUCUUCCGUGAAAUCUUCUAUCCAUCCUGGAAUCGAACUUGAACGAGUGUAUGUUUGUUUGAACAAGCGUAUGAGUUUUCCGUUGCUCAAGCAGGUCAGUCCGUGGUGGACGAGAAGAUAGCAUUUGUGACAAGGUUUCUUGCUGGCCUCUAUUGGUAGUGAGCGUACAAUUCGAACGAAAAUAAUUCAUGUUUUUUAUGUGUGCGUUUGUAACCAGCACUGAAGCGUCGUGAUUAUUUACUCCUUUACACUC